UCUGUCCUUGUCUUACUCAUUACAGGGAUAGGGAAAACAUUAGAUUCUAUUCUUUUUAAAUCACUAUCUCAUUUACUGCCAUUGUCACAUGACUUUACAAAUAAGUUGUUAGUGGCUUUGUGUGUAAAGUUAAUUUUAUUUUAUUCCCGAAAUCAUUUUCUUUAUGAUUAAAGAGAUUUUUCCAUAUUUUCAUCUUCCAUGUGUUACGUAUACGCGGGUGGAUAUAUACAUGAGUAAAUACAUGUAUGCCUAUCGUACACGUGGUUAAAGUCAGCUGACUUAUACUAAUUACUGUAUAUAUUUUAAGUCAGCGAUCGGUGGUUUCUAUAUAAAUUUUAAUUUUUUUAUUCUUGAGUAAUUUGUUUUACAUCGCAUUGACCUUUUAUGUGAUUAUAAAUUUAUCUGGAAAUGUUAUCAAUGUGAUCAACAACUGUCAAACUUGUAAUACAGGUUACAAUUUAUUUAAAAAAUCUCAUCUGUUUCUUUCAUAUUUGCUGUAGUAAUAAGGAAAGAGUAAAAUAUUUAAAAUGAUGACUGAUAUAGAAGAAACAGAAGCAAAGAAGGUUCAAUCUCAGAUUGAAAAACAUGAUAUUGAGGAAGACCAGCAGGAUUUUUCUGAAGCUGCGAAGAAAUUAGCUGAAGGACUUUUAAGUAUUUAUCAGUCACCACUGGAGCAAGUUCAUAGAGAACUAAAUGAAAUAACGAGCAAACAAGAAACUCUAUUCAAUCAGAUGCAAGCUGAGAAUGAAAAACUUCAAGAAAUUUUUGAUGAUGUUGAUUUAAAUGAAAUGUUUCAAACGAUAAAAGUUUAUCAGGGAAAACUGACUUUUAUAAAAAAAGAGAUGGCUUCCAUUCAUGAGCGUACAUUUAAGUUAAAAAAACGAGCAUUAAGAUUACAACAAGUGAAACAAAAAGAGGCCUUGAAUAGGGAACAACAGAGAGAGCAGGAAAGUCAACGUGAACAAGAUUUAAUUGGUAAACCUGUAGUAAGUUAAGAAAAAUAGUUUAUGCCAAAAAAAUAGUUUAGGUAUAUACAAGAGCAAUAUAUUUAUACAGUUAUUGUUUACAUUAGAAGUUAUAUUUAAUUCAUAUUUUUAUAUAUUACCAGACAAUUUCCCAUUGUCCAGUUGAGCUACAUUUUCUAUUAUCUUUACAUAAAACAUUAAAUGUUGUUUCAGUCAGAAAACCAAUAAUCUCUCUAUCUUCUUGUAUCCUAAAGGUGAAUGUUGAUUCAUAUGUUCCCAUGAAGUACCUAGAGAAGGAUAUAUUUAUACACUGCUUUUACUUGUAAUAAAAAAGUUAAAUACUGUUGUUAUUAAUGCUUACCUAGCAUAGGAACAAAUGAUUUGGUCAAUAAUGGCUAUACCACCAUCUUUAAAUUUGUUCAAUACAUAAUCCGAUGGAAUGAACCUUAGUACUGUAUAUUCAAAUAAAUAUUCUUUAAGUUCAUUGAAUUCUGCAAAAAAUUUAUUUAAUUGGUAGAUUAUUCAAAUUUUAAUCCUAUGUAAAACCUUAAGGAUGAUUUACCUUCUUCUGUAGCAUCUGUAGCAACGAACAAAAGUUUCAAUCCAAGUUUAUCCAAUUUUUCCUUCAACUGAAAAGCAGCAGAUUUUAUUGUUGGUACUGUUGAAGAACGGCCAAAAACGAAAUCACGUCGUCUUAAAUGAGUAGCUAUGUAUGGUCCACCAAGCGCGUUUCUUCUACUCUAUAGUUAAAAAAUUAUAUUAAAUGAUAUAUAUCUUUAUUUUACUACAAUUAUAAUUAAGUACCUUUUCUUGAGUCCAAUCAUUUGGCCUUUCUGUGUUAUCAGUCUUAUCUGUUGAAUUGAGAAAACCUUCUCGGAAUACAUUAGCAAUUUUGUAUAAUUCAGAAUUGUAUCUCAUGCUGCGCCGUGCUGUCCAAUAUUCUUGCGAGCCAUAGAAAUCAUGUAAUGCAAUUUCCAUAUGAUCAAACAUUACAGACCUAUAGGAUAUAGAUUAUAAAUAGAAUAAGAAUAUAGAAUAUGUUCAUGUAAAGUGUAAAUAAUGAUUAACAGAUGCAGUAUUUUUUUACCUGUAAAUAUUAGGCUUAAGAUUCUUUUUUAAAUCUGAUAUCAUUCCAUGAAAUUUAAUACAUUUAACAGUUUCAAAACUAAUAUUAUGAUAUCCCCAAAAGGAUCUGCCAUGUCUUACAGAUUCCACUUUAUUGUAUUGUAAAGAUUCAGCAGUACAUUCUACUAUUUCAUUUUUGUCUUCAAAUUUACCUGUUUUAAACAUUUCUUCGUCAUUUUCUAGUAUAUGCAUAACAUCAAGUUGUGUAUGCUUCUCUUUCGAAGGAUACUCUGGAAAGAAUCACAUUUAUUGACCUUAUAAAUUAUUAUAAAAUAGUAAUUACUAUACCUUGUAAAAACUGAUACAUUUCAAUCACAGGAAUAUAUUUUUGUAAGCUUGUAAUAUCAAAAAAUAAGCCCCAAGGCAACUGUGUUUGAGAUCCUAUGUUCUUAGUUCGCCAAUGAUA